AUGGCCGGAGGACACGGACACGGACCCAAGAGCUACUCGGGACCCAUCGACAUUCACCCGCCGCGACCGCUGUAUCGGUACUCGAACCUCAUCCUCGGCGCGUCGAUGUGGUUCUGGAUUAUGUACAGACUGAAAGAGGAUGGCCCGGUUCUUUUUGGAUUCAGACACCCAUGGGAAGGCCACCACGGCCCUAGCCACGCCGUCGAGCACAAGAAGGACGAGGAGCACCAUUAA